AUGGAUGGCGUAGAAGUGGUCUGCGGGCCAAGGGCCCCGUUCUGGGUUUGCCAGGCGCGUGGGCUCACGAGCAUAUGGGCGCGCAGGACGCGGUGCCGUUGCGGGGCCAAGGCGCCCGCCUGCGUGCUGCAGCGUGCCGGGCCUUUUGGUGGCAGUGGCGGCGGGGGCAACGAUCGUGGUGCUGACCCUGGGCGCGGCCGCCCGCCCUCGACGGGGUCGCGGCGCGAGGCCGAGCCGGAGUCCCAGAUUGCCGACCUGCUCGCGGCGCCGCGGGCGGGCGCGGCGCAGGGGGGCAGCGCGGCGGGGCCAAGUCCAUUGGCGGCGGCGGGCAAGCUCAAGACUGCACGCGCAGAGACUGAGAGCAAGAAGCCGAACAUCGCCCAGCGCGCGAACGCGGGGCGCAAGCUCGCGCGGGCUACAACCAUGCUGGAGAAGGUCGCGGCGGAGCUGGAGGAGCAUAACAAGACGCUCGAGGAGCUCAACGCCAGGGUGGCCGAUAUCCAGGCGCGCAAGGGGGCGGCGGCGGCGGAGGUGGCAGAGCUGCAGCGGCAACGCGCCCAGUCUCUCCCUCGCGCUGCCGAUCAUGAUGGCGGCGAGCAGCCUGUGGAUUUCAAACUGCGCCCUGCGAUGCUGGAGGGCAGGGGCGCGAUCAAGAGUAUGCUGGCCACUCCCGAGUUCCUGGAGUUUGCGAGGAUGGGCGACGCCUUCGCAGAUGAAGCAGCUGCGGAGGCUUUCCGGGAGGGGCAUCGCGGCGGCAAGCAAGCCAUCGCCCGGGCCGUCUUGGGCGCCGAGCUCAAGAUGGUGAACGCGCUCGACGGCCUGCAGGCAGCAUGGCACCUCUUCGACGUGCUGCAGUACGGUCAGGGCGUCAAGUCCGGCGAGCUCGACGUGAGAGGCGACCAGAUGCACGCUGGCGUUGCUGAGCUGUUUCUGCAGCCGCCCCGCUACUUGUUCUUGUCAGCCAAGGCACGUGUCAGGCCACGCCUGGAGCCCAAGUGCAUUGGCUUUCGCGCUGCAGCCCGCGGCGUAGGCAGGCUCAGCGCGGCUGAGAUAAUGCCCCACGGCAGGACCAAGGGCGGCGCCUUGAACGGCUUCGGGUGCAGCGCCCUUGGCAACUCCCGAUGCUGGCCCCGCACCCAGGCUCAGGAUAACGCCUCGCCGAGGCUUGCGCGUGAGGGUCGCGAGGCGGGGUGCGAUGUUGCCGCGCGCGUCAGUUGCGAGGUCCGUCGCCAGCGCUGCCAGCGCGGCGCCGAGGGCAAGAUGAUGCAGGCAGCUGGCGCCGCCGGCGCGGCAGGGUCCCAGAACUGGCGCCUGCGGGCCUGGCCGCCGGCGAGACGCUUGGGAGGCCUGCUGCAGCUGGGACUCGCGCUCUGCGGCGCGGAGGCGGCCGCCGGCCUGCGCCGCAGCACUCCCUGCGGCGUGGCGGCGCCCCCGCUUGGGCAGGGCAGGCGCUUGGGAGGCGUGCUGCAGCUGGGCCUGGUGCUCUGCGGCGAGGAGGCGGCCGCCGCCCUGUCUGAGCGAUCCCUGAGCGCCGCGAAGAGGCUGAUCGCGCUGGCGGAGGGGGGCCAUGGCCUUCCGAUCAUGUUCCUGCCCUGCAAGUGCUCUCGUAGAGUGGCUGAGGCGCCGCUGGCCAGACUGACUGACUGCGGGCCGCGGCCCCUCGGGGGCAGCGUCUGCCCCCUGCCCCUGCUGGUCGCGGUGUCGUCCGCGGAGGGGCGAGCCGCGGAUUGCAGGCGGAGGGCCCUGGCGUUCGCAGGCGGCGUUGCCGUGGCGGGCGCCUUCGGCUUCUUGGGCUACGCCCUGGCCGGCAGCGUUGGCAUCGGCGCGGGCGGCGAGGUCCCCCCGGUAGAGGCGGCCGCCCGGGCCCUGAACCACGCCGCGUCCGCGGACAGCGCCCUCUUCGGCGAGGGCAGAUCCUGCCGAGACACGGACGGCCAGGAGGGCAUUCGGGGCACGGCCUUCGAGGCCCACCUGGGCGUGAAGAGCGCCGCUGACUGCAAGGCGCUGUGCCAGAGCCGAGGUGCGGCCUGCACGGGUAUCGAGCAUGGUCGCGGCCAUGAGUGCAGGAUGUGGCUGGUACCCAUCGGCGGGGCUGUCGAUGCACAGGGCUCCACCUGCUUCCAGCGCGAGCUCUUUGUCGUCACGACGCCAGCGCCAUUUGAUUUGAACGAGACCGCCAAGCAGUCUGACGUCGCCAAGGCCGCCGCCUCGCGCGACGAGGCCACGCGCCCCGCCAGUUGCGGCAGCCGGUUCAAGGCGCCCAAGAAGCCCAAGACGGCCGAUGAGUACAACGGCGUGGCCCUCGAGGACGUCUGUUUCGAGGGCAGCGGCCCCCACCACGUUUUCAUCAUCGGGGACUGGGGAGGCAUCACGCAGGGCGACGGGCGUCUCUCCGCUGCCCCGCACCUCACCCACCGCUGGGAGACCAACUACCAGUUCGUCUGGCCUCCCGACGACCAGGCCCAGACCCUCGUUCGGGACCAGAUGCGGAAGCGGGCGCCAGAGAGCAAGCCCGACUACUUCCUGAAUGUGGGCGACAACUUUUAUUGGGCGGGCAUAGAGGAUUGGACCACUGCGGCGCGGAGGACAUCACGAAGGCAUACAGCAACGGCGGCACGACGGUGUACAAGCAGAGCAAGGUGGACCAGUUCGAGCACGUGUAUGAGAAAUUCUAUACGGGCGAUGGCAUCGACGAUAAGCAGUGGCUUGGCAUCUUGGGGAACCAUGAUUACGGCGGUUGGCUUUUCACCCACGCCUGGGACCAGAACAUUGGAUACACGUGGAGCGACGCGGACUACGCCACAGGCCGAUGGAUGA